UCCUCCAGGAAUGUUUCCCGCGGAGCGCGAGAUUUAGCGAGAGCAUCCCGAGGAUUAAACUUUGUCCGCGUGCACUCACCAGGGGGCGUAACUGAUACUCGUCAGCUGAGGAACCCCGGAUCACCCCUGCUGUUGGACCAUUAAUCUUUGUCUGAAACUGAGGGGAGUUUUCAAUGACUCUUGGAUUAUUUACCAUGUUGGUCGGAAUUGAAUAUUAUCUAUUGGAUUAACAAUUUGAGAAAAUUAUUACAACAGAGAAAAAAGCAUUUGGUGGACGCCAAAUUUGAAGCUAUCUUUUUCUAACGAUGGAGCAUCCUAUUUAUUACAUGAAGCGAAGACCAGAGUGAAACAUUAAAUUUUUGGGAGAAAUAUUUCAUUUGAAAACAUCUCUGACAGUUUGACGUAGUGAACAUAGAGAAUAAUACAUUGAAAAUUUGAAAUUCAUUCACCAUCAGGAUGGGAAUUCUUAACAGAGGUUAUCCAUCCGCCAUGUUUUGGUUGCUGUGUUCGAUUUGGAUUCUGGAAAGAUCUUGUGCAAACAAAACAGAUGCGCCAACCUCCUUAACAUACAGCCGUCAACAUCUAUUGGGGAACAAGAUUGACCACGCUUGUACCAACUUCACUUUUGGUUCCAUGGAGUUCUACAGUCCAAACUAUCCCGAAAAAUACCCGAAUAGCAUCGAAUGCGUGAGGGCGAUCGAAGCACAACCUGGAUUUGAAAUCCAGCUCGACUUCCGGGAGAAAUUCGACAUGGAGGAAGGAAAAGACAAGGACUGUCGCUAUGACUACCUAGAGGUUAGGGACGGGCCGUUCGGAUACUCCCAGCUGUUCGGGCGAUAUUGCGGCAAACGUUUCCCUCCUCUGCUCAUCUCCAAGGGCAGGUUCCUUUGGUUGAGAUUUGUUAGCGACAAAGCUGCGAACUAUGGAGGCUUCAAAGGAGUUUUCAGUUUCAUCAAGAAAGAAAAAUACAACGCAGAAUUGGAAGCUCUGAGCGUCUGUCGCAUUCCAAUCCACCAUAUGCACGGAUUUCUGUCGUCUGUCGACAUGUCAACUCUUCUGAAUGGCAAUGUCGAUUGCACAUGGGAAAUACAGGCUCCGCCAAGAAGCAAGAUUUUCCUGUCCAAUUUCAAAGUAGCUUGGCGCGUGCAACUCUCAUCCCCAUGUGACUCAACGAGAAUUGAGAUCUACGAGACGUCUUCCACUGAGAGUGCUCUGAAAGGCUCCUUCUGUUUUGGGUCGAUUCCGGACCUAGUCAUCGACAGCAGUGUGGCGUUCAUCCGGGUCUUUUCGCCUGCUCUGUCCAUUAAACCAGAACUCACAUUUUCCUACACAGUUUUGAGAGAUGCUAACAGACCGACGUUUGUGACAUCUAACUAUGGCUCCAGCAAGAAAAAUGACCCGGUUUGCUCUUCGUCCGAAUUCAUAUGUGAUGAAGCGUGUCUUAGCAAGUCUCUGAGGUGUGACGGCAUCAAGAACUGUCCCUCUGGACAAGACGAGCUGCAUUGUGGAGAACAAGAGGAGGAAUCUGAGGUUCCCCUCUACAUCAUCGGAGCCGGUGCGCUAGGGGGCGUCGUUAUCACAGCUAUCAUCAUUGCAGUCUGUGCUUCUUGUUACUGCAAGAGGAACCGGAAACGCAGAGAAAGGGAACUUGCUAAACACCAUGAGAAACUGAAAGAGAGCACCAUAGAAAUGUCAAGCAACAGUACAACCACUACCAUGGGUAGUAACAAAAAGGGCGUCCCUCCCGUGGGGUACUUUUCUUUGCCUCGUUCUCACGGAGGCAAAAAUUACAAGGACCACCGAAACAGCUUGACAAAUUCCCAGUCGCCCUCUGAAGGGGAAUACCCCGACCAGUCCUCAGAUCCGGGUACCUAUAAAAAGUUUACCAUUCUUGACCCUUACAUGGAGGAUGAGACCAGUCCCCCGCCCUCGCUCUACAAUCAAACGACGGGUCUAACGACCAUCAUAGAGCGCCAUGAUAUGCCCCCGCAGACUGAGAUUGACGGCAGUUAUGGAUGGACGGGGUAUGGGUGGAAGCAACCGCCUUCAUCACUCAACGAAAAUCUGGCCAAACUGGCGCGUUACAAUAUGCCGCAACACGAGCAACCGCAUCACCAACAGAAAGUGUUUAAGUAUAAUCCGGAGAAUAAAAUGUACAUGGACCCAAAGUAUGAAAUGUACUUAGAGCAAAAAAUGCCAGUAAACAAAGACUACAAAACUAAAUACGGCACACCUGUUGAAAUAGACAGCUCAUUACAUGAUGACCACGCUCAUAAACAAUUUAAACUGAAAAUUCAGGAUCCUGAUAUUACACGUGACCUGGAAGUGACGUAAUGAUGACAUCACGUAUCAUUGAUAUUUCAAUACAUUUCUUUUCAUUCAUUGUGCACGUGUAGGGUAAAUGAAUUUGUCUGUAUUCAUUUGUAAAUACUUUUAUCUUGUAAUAUAUAUUUUGUUUUCUUUUUCUUUCAUUGUCAUUGGCUUUGUGAUUUGUGAGUAAGUAGUUUUGUACUGAUGUUUGGAACUCAAAUACACUUUUGAAAUAAU